AGUUGGCAGAAGACUGCGGAGCGCGCAGGACCUCGUGUGCGUGCUGGGGCCCUGUCUCGGCGCGGCGGACGGCAACGCACAGCACAAAUCGCUCGCAACAGCUGCACUACCGCAUGCAGUGAUCGACGCGCGCGCCUCCCUGUCUACUUCUGCCACGCGGGUGCCGUUGGAAGUGGAGCGAGCGAAGCGACGCCGCGCGGGGUCCGGAACGACGCAGCAACGAGAGCGCCUCGAGCAAGAAGUGUGACCGUGUGCCGCCCUCGUCGCUACCACCAUGUGCUUACUGUCGUGUGCGGUGACAUCGUGAAUACGCUGGGCAGCGGGUCGUUUUCGCCGCCGGAGCAAAACUCGCGCCGCUGCCUCCGUUGUUUGUGGUGCUUUUCCGACGAGAGGGCGAGAGGGGUGGGGGAGGAAACCGACAGAGGGGGCGCGAAAGGGUGGCAGUAGUGGAUGUGGUGUUGACUCGACGGUGCGAAAGUGGAUUUCGCCGGGGCAGCGAGAGCGUUCAUGGCUCAGCCACGGUACGAUGACGGCAUCCACCCGUACAUGGAGGCGGCUGGUGGCGCGUCCGCGGCGGCGGCGGCGGCGGCCGCGAUGUACGCAGACCCGCACCGCAGCGCGCAGCUGGGGCUGGCGCAGCACCACUCCCCGCACGUGGCGCACUCGAUGCACCAGUACCACGCGCACCAGCCACACCAGCCGCCCGCGGCCAACCACGUGGCGCCCGUCGCCAACCACGUCAUGGGCGCCGCCGUGCCCGACGUCCACAAGCGCGACAAGGACGCCAUCUACGGGCACCCCCUGUUCCCGCUUCUGGCGCUCAUCUUCGAGAAGUGCGAGCUGGCGACGUGCACCCCGCGGGAGCCCGGCGUCGCGGGAGGCGACGUCUGCUCUUCUGAGUCCUUCAACGAGGACAUCGCCGUCUUCUCCAAGCAGAUUCGGCAGGAGAAGCCGUACUACAUAGCGGAUCCCGAAGUCGAUUCACUCAUGGUACAGGCGAUCCAGGUUCUUCGGUUUCACCUGCUGGAACUGGAAAAGGUGCACGAGCUGUGCGACAACUUCUGCCACCGGUACAUCAGCUGCCUGAAGGGCAAGAUGCCCAUAGACCUGGUGAUCGACGAGCGGGAGUCGAGCAAGCCCCCGGAGCCUAUGGGCUCCACCAACGGCGACGGCGGCGCGCGCAGCACGGCUGACUCCACGUCGCACACGGACGGCGCCAGCACCCCCGACGUGAGGCCGCCCAGCUCGACGCUGUCGUACGGAGGUCCCGGGAACGACGACGUGCGGUCCCCGGGCUCGGGUGCGGGCGGCACGCCGGGCCCGCUGUCGCAGCAGCCGCCGUCGCAGCCGGGCGUCGACGCCGCAGACCCAGGCAAGUGGUGCCCGCGGCGCGAGUGGCCCAGCCCGGCCGACACCCGCGCCAGCGACGCGCGCCGCGGCGUCCUCUACUCGUCCGUCUUCCUCGGCAGCCCCGGAGAGUACAACGAGGCUAGCGCGGGCUACGCGGCGGCGAGCGCGUUUGCGUAUUCGGCGCGGGGCAGCGUCUCGCCGGCCGACUCGGCGCUGCCGGCCACGCCCGAUGCCGCCGGACGCCGCAGUUGGACAAGUGACGCGAGCAACGCGAGUAUCGGCAGCGGAGAAGGCACGGGCGAGGAGGACGACGACACGAACGGCAAGAAGAACCAGAAGAAGCGCGGCAUCUUCCCCAAGGUGGCCACCAACAUCCUCAGGGCGUGGCUGUUCCAGCACCUGACGCAUCCGUACCCUUCGGAAGACCAGAAAAAGCAGCUGGCGCAGGAUACGGGGUUAACGAUCCUGCAAGUGAAUAACUGGUUCAUCAACGCGAGACGGAGGAUCGUGCAGCCGCUCAUAGACCAAUCAAACAGAGCGGGCGUGAGCGUGUUCUCGCCGCACGCAGGCCCCAGCGGCGCCUACAGCCCGGACGGCGCCUCCAUGGGCUACAUGAUGGACGGCCAGCAGAUGAUGCACCGGCCGCCGGGCGACCCCGCCUUCCACAACGAGUACCACUACCCGCCCCAGUACUACGGCCACCUGUAGUGCUAGGCGCCGACACGCUCCCUCCUCGCACGGCCGCGCGCCCGCCACCACACACAGACGCGGUGCCCACGAGCUUAGCCGCAGGCCGCGCCGGCUCGCGGUCCGCUGGCCCGGCACCAAGGAGGCGGUGCUCACCACGACGUCGACGGCACCGCCGCUGCAGCCGCUCGUCAAGAGGCGGGGAGAAGCGACGGCGCCUCUGCCGUGGACGCCGGUGCCACCGACCCCUGCGGGUGCCUGGCGGAGGCGCCGCCCCCGCACCGCCCGCUCCGCGACGCGAUCGCUCUUUGUACAAAUGUCGCAGAGAUUACGGGAAGACUUGUACAAAACACGAAGCAGAAAUUCGUAUACCAUUUACAAGAUUUCGUUGUUAGCACCGGACUGGACAUUUUGCGUUUUAAGUGUUUUCGCCUGUACUUUUUCAGUAUCGGCGCGGGAAGCGCCGAUGUUGGUUAAUACGUUUGUGGGAGAGUGCUGUGUUUCUUAUUUCAAGAAAUGUGAUGUGUGUAAAAAAGAAAAGAAAAGGUGGAGGAAGUGUGGCACGCGCCCGAGAGAAGUGAUCGCAUUCACUCGUAUACGGCUGCGGAAACGAGGAGAGACGAACAGACCUGCGCUGGUUGCAGCCCGCCACGCUUUCGCCGCAGAGACUCGCCGAGGUCUUCGCAGACAUCACAGACAGUGAAAUAACAAACACGACGAAGGAAACCAGAAAUUGCUCGAGGAGAUCGAAAGACGAGGAACGGACCCUGUAGAGAGAAUACAAUAGCAAUUACAAUAUUAUAUAUAAUGUAUCAUAAUGUUACUUGUGGAUAGACUGCGCGUUGUUUACGAGUUGAUGCGCCGCCCAGGAGCUCAGUUUGCCACCUGGGGGGCUCUCGUCAAAGUGAUGUAACGUUUAGCAUAGACACCCAUCCCUCCCUCCCUCCAAACUUUCCUCCACCCCCCCUCCACCAGACCCGUCCCCACGCCCGUGCAGCCUCGUACGCCAGACCGUUCCGUUCCUUUGCAAACCAGUUGGAUAUCGUUUCACUUUUUGUAUAACCCCUCUCUCCUUCCUUCCAACCUUCCUUUCUUCCCGCCCUUCCACUCUAGAGGCCUGUCCCUUUUUUCCGAUCUCGUCUUUACCAUAUGUUCGAGUAAGCAUGAAGUACUGUUGUGCAAAAAAAAUAUAAUAUUUCAAAAGGUUGUGCUGUUAUAAAGGAUAAAAAAAAGAAAACUUAAUUGUUAUAUCUGUUGUGACUUUUCUUUUUGUUCUGUUCGCUUUUACCGCUAACUCUCGUCUGCUCCCCGUCCGGAUCGCCGGUUUCUUCCCUUUAUAACUCCUUUUCCACUUCCCAGACACGUUUUUAAUGAACAAGAUAUACGUAAGUUACUGCAACUUAGAUAACUAUCGAAAUGUGUGGUCUUCUGCAUACAUUAUAGACUAAUAAUACUUAAUACACAGGUAUACAUGAAUAUUGAAACUCAGGUGCAUAGUUUUCUUCAAGUCUUAAUGCUGGGUGCUGCAGCAUUGGCAAUGGCUGUGGGUAAUGGAGAACUACGAUAAUCGAAUACUGAUGUAUACGGCUACUGACUAAAAUUGUAUUUCAGAAAUUGUCGACUACUUCUAUUACAUAAAAGUGGAAUGAUAAAGUUUUUAAAUUUUUUGAACUCAUACCAAAAAGUAUUUAAUAUAUGCACAAUAUAAUUUAUUGUAUUUGUAAAUACAGUGAAAUACUGGUUUAAUUUAGCGGUGUAUAUUUUCAGUAUAGUGAAUAAAAAAAUGGAUCUCCUUGUAUACUGAAUAAGACAAUUUGCUGUGUUUUAUAAAGAGCUAAAUUUCAACGGAGUCUGUGAUCAAAGUUCUCCUACAGCCUCAGUGCUUACGUUACCACCAGCAGUGUAACACUACAAUUGGAACUGCUUGUGAGAACUUGUCUAAGAGUCACGACUGUGCUUUAGCGAAGCACUUUACCCCUGUGGCUUGACCUCACCACCAUAUCAAACACCGUGUGGAGGCUACUGCAGUAGUGUGCCUACUGUUUAGAUAAAUAUUUUCAUGUUUCAUCACUCUUGAAUAUACAUUUUCGUCUGUCAUGGAAAAGAAAAAAAGAUUACUCGAUAUCUUUGCUAAAAUAUAGCUCAGAAUGCAGGCAAUUUAAA